AACCGAUCACAGUACGACGCAUACAUGUAUGCGUUGGGGACGAGUGCAGGCCAACCUUUAAAUAGAGGGCGUGGCCGUGGCAUGCACGUCACCGUGUUUACGUCCAACAAGCAAGAAAAAGGCUGCUCUACCAAUUCUGUAAUCGUGAACAAUAAACGAUUGUACCGUUAAUCAGUGUGAUCGUGCGGUGACACCCAACUCCGGGUGCCAUGUCCUCCUGCCCUACAUGAGCUCUACUAUGUGGUACAUCAUGCAAAGCAUUCAAAGUAAAUACUCUCUCUCCGAGCGGCUCAUUCGCACCAUCGCAGCCAUCCGCUCUUUCCCACACGAUAAUGUGGAGGAUCUGAUUCGCAAGGGAGCCGAUGUUAACCGGAUGCACGGGACCCUGAAACCCCUGCACUGUGCCUGUAUGGUAGCCGAUGCAGACUGUGUGGAGCUGCUGCUGGAGAAAGGGGCAGAGGUCAACGCCCUGGAUGGGUAUAACCGAACCGCAUUGCAUUAUGCAGCAGAGAAGGACGAGGGUUGUGUUGAGCUGCUGUUGGAGUACGGCGCCCUGCCGAACGCCCUCGACGGAAACAAGGACACUCCGCUCCACUGGGCCGCCUUUAAAGACAACCCUGAGUGCGUGCGGGCCUUGCUGGAGAGCGGCGCCUCUCCCAACAAUCUGGACUACAACAGCGACACGCCGCUGAGCUGGGCGGCAAUGAAGGGCAACCUGGAUAGCGUUAAGGUGCUGCUGGAGUAUGGGGCCCAGGUGCACGUGACCAACCUCAAGGGCCAGACCCCCAUCUCUCGGCUGGUGGCCCUGCUGGCUCGCGGGCUGGGCACGGAGAUGGAGGACGAGUGCCUGGAGCUGCUGUGCAAGGCGGCAGGGAGGUUUGAGAUCCGACGGGCCGACGGCACCCUCCCCAAAGAGCUGAGUAAGAACCCCGAACUGCUGGCCCGGCUGACCGGCAUGGCGGCCAAGGCGCCCACUCUCAGCUCGCUCGCACGCUGCGCUGUGCGGGAGUGCCUUGGGGUGCAGUUUUUACCCACUGCAGUCAAAGAACUCCCUUUGCCAGAAUCUAUCAAGGAAUAUGUGCUCCUGGUAGACUAGAGGAAGGAGACCACAGGGACCACCUCAUAGAUUUUGCCGGCUAAUGUAAGAAGGCAUAUGACUCGUGUAUUAUUUCUCUAGGGAUUAUUUGCUAAGAUGAUCACAGAUCACACAAGCCAUCAGCAUAUGCAUUUCGCUCAAGUCGUACUUUGUAAUUUCAGAGUUAUAUGUGUGGCAGUUUAUUUUUGUCUGCAACUUAAGUUAUUAACCAUUUUCAUAACAAAUUUUCCCUCAGAACGGAAAAUGCUAUUAAAGCUAUUAAUAUAAAAAGUAUGAUUUGAAAUUAUAACAGUCUUAUCUUGUGGUCUCAUAAUAUAGAUGACUGUGACAGUUUGGUUAUUUAUUUUAUCACAAAAAGGUCCAUAUUUAUGAAAGGAGAAAUUAACUGUACAGCCAUUAGGCUCGAUAUCCUUUAAUAAAUAAAUAAAAUAAAAUCAAAAAUAAUAAUUUGUGAGCAAUGCAAAGGUUUAGGGUGUUAACAAAGCAUGCAACAGUGGAUUUGUGUUUAAGGGAGGUCAAUUUGAUUCAUAAUCAGCCAAUAUGCAACAUGUGUAAGAAACUAGAACAUUUUUACUUUAGGUGUUGUGAUGUUUUUUUUAAGGGUAAACCAAGUCUAAUUAUUUUAAAAUGGAUUGUUUGUGUUUGCGUUGACUAAAUAUAUUUAGGCAAUUUAUUAUGUUUGUGCUUUCUAAUUCUAUGUCAAUUUAACCUUUCUUAAAAUUGUGCCCCUCACAAAUGUUACUAGGAAAUGUACCCCAUAGUUAUAUAGCAGUCUUUAUGCACACCAUUAUUUGACAUAUUGUUUAUGUUAACCCUCAAAAUACUAAUUUCACUGUUUUUGAAAAAAUAUAUUUUUUGCCUGGGCUUUUGAUAAAGGACUUAUAAAAUGAAA